UGAUAGGAGUGAUAAACAACAACAGAGAGCAGCUGAUGAGUCGAUAAGUGGAGAUUAUAAAAGUCAGUCCGGGGGAAGAUGGUUUCAGAGAGUCUGUCCUUAGGCACGCCGAGUCCCCUCAGUCUGUAACGAUGAGCAUCAAUAACGGUGCGCACGCAGACUUUUACAGGAAUGGCACCGACAACUGUGAGGAGACCCCUUUACUGGGGAAUGGUUCAGCACCAGCCAGAACCACAGGAGCCUCCUUUGUUUCCUGUGUGUUUAACCUGAUGAACGCUAUCAUGGGCAGUGGUAUACUGGGGUUGGCCUAUGCCAUGGCCAGCACUGGAAUAGUUGGUUUUGGAAUCCUCUUGGUGCUGGUGUCCAGUCUGGCAGCGUACUCUAUACAUCUCCUUCUCAAACUGUGUGACCAAACAGGUAUUAACUCGUAUGAAGACCUUGGAGGGAAAGCCUUGCAGAAACCAGGACAAGUUAUGGUCGGAAUUGCAAUUCUCAUCCAAAAUGUCGGUGCCAUGGCAUCCUAUUUGUUCAUCUUCAAAUCAGAGUUUCCUGCAGCCAUCGAUAGCUUCUUGAGCCCAGAAGACACAGGAAAAGCCUGGUAUGAAGAUGGCAGGGUGCUUCUGAUCCUAAUCACAGUUUGUGUUGUUCUGCCUCUGUCGAUGUUGCCCAAAAUUGGCUUCCUGGGUUACACCAGCAGUCUCGCCUUCUUCUUCAUGCUGUAUUUUGCCGUUGUGAUCGUGGUGAAGAAGUGGUCCAUUCCCUGCCCGCUGCCUCAUAAUGUCACUACCCUUUCAGGCAAUUUAAAGAUAUUAAAUGUCAAUGACUCAGAAUGCACACCCAAACUCUUCAUUAUCUCCAUUAAGAGUGCCUAUGCCAUCCCAACAAUGGCCUUCUCCUUUCUGUGCCACACGGCUAUCCUGCCAAUCUACUGCGAGCUGGAACGACCUAGCAAGGUUAGGAUGCAGAACAUUGCCAACAUCAGUAUCGGCCUCAGCUUUCUGCUUUAUUUCAUUUCUGCGCUGUUUGGCUACCUCACCUUCUACAGUCAUGUGGACUCUGAGCUCUUACUUGGUUAUGAUGCUUACUUGCCACGGGACAUCAUGGUGAUGACGGUUCGAUUGGCCAUCCUCCUCUCCGUGCUGCUCACUGUACCACUGAUACACUUCCCGGCUCGUAAGGCAGUGAUUUUGCUUCUUUAUGGAAGACGCGAGUUCUCCUGGCUGAUCCACAUCAUCUCGACCCUAUCCAUCCUGAGUGUGGUGCUGAUGCUGGCCAUCUUUGUCCCUGAUAUAAGCACCGUGUUUGGAGUUGUAGGGUCGACAAUGUCCAGCUGCCUGCUGUUUGUUUUUCCAGGAAUAUUCUACCUCAAGAUCAACACAGAACGUCUCAGGUCUUUUGACUCCAUCGGGGCUGCAAUUCUCGUGGUUUUUGGCUUGCUUAUGGGGGUUACCAGUCUCUCAGCCAUCAUCAUCACGUGGGUGAAGGGCUCUUAAGUCUCUCGAGCCCAAACCAAGAGCAAAUAAAGGGAAACACUCCACAAAGAAAAGGGAACAGACAAACGAUAAACAGCAUCACCUCAAGAACGUUAAUUGUGGUAAAACUGUUUUGAAACUAUUUUGUAUCUGUAGAUGUUUUAUUUAAGGCCAAACUUUUGUAUAUGUUUCUUACUUCGUCUUACAAGGAUGAAUAAGAUAUUACAGCAUUAGUUUUGUGUUGUCGUUGAAUUUUUUCUAUCUUGAAGAUGUUUUUGCACAGCAGGGAAAAUCAUGUACUAUGGUGCUACGAAUGUAUAAUAAACUUUCUUGACCAAAAACGCCUACGUUUAUAUUGACCCCCUCGCCCUUUAUUUGUCACUGCUCUUUCUUUUAUAACCUCUGCUCAGUUUUCUGCAUCAGUAAAUGCAAUUUAAAAACGGA